CUUGAUUCAUGUGUUCAAACCCUGUUGUUUUGGAAUCACUUUUUUUUCUGUUAACGCACAAAUACAGAAGAAGGAAUGGCUUUUAAAGACAUGAGCUGGAGUGUCAGGAAGGGGAAAACCCCAGUCGUCUUAGUAUUCAGGGCUCAGGCUAAAGAGAGGAAUUGCAGUACAGUACGUUCCUGUAAAUCUCAGUGUGUGUUGCAAAACAUAGCAACAUCUUAUGGGGAAACUGUAUACAGGGUGAUUGCAUUAUUUUGCAUCUAAACUGCCAACCAAGGAACACCUUUUAACUGAUUAAAACAACAAAUUGCUAGCGAGGCAUCCUUCCUGCUGGUGAUGGGGGCCUGGGUAGUCCUGGCCCUGCAGCAGGCUCUUGGGCUCACUGGUAACUGUGUGGUGUAGUGACAGCCGCUCCAGCUUUGCCCACCCCAGCCCCUGAGUGCUGGGGGACCCUUGAGGGAAUUUUUAGUUCCUUUUAGUUUUCAGUUUGCAUUGAAGAUGAAGUAGCACAUGCAUAGGUGGUGAUGGAUGUAAUCCAGGUAAUGGCCACCACUGCGCCUUUCUCUCUUGCUGCCGCUGGUCACAGCUGACAACAAGGGGAUCCGUUCCCACUAGUCAGUGCUUCAGGGCUGGGCCUUCAGUUGCUCCAGAGCUUGUUUUGCCCAUAAUCCAUCAGUUCUGGUGGUACACAAUUAAUCACUGUAAGUUUUAAUUAGAAUGGUAUUGGUUAUUCAGAUUUUUUUAUUAUUUAUUUAUGUACUAUGGUAAGUAAUGAAGUUAACGCUGAUCAGUUAACACUGAGAUCACCAGGAGAGAAAGGGUUCAAGAGCUGAGGUCCAAAAGUUCUAUGUAGGCCUUCAUAUGCACUUAAGUCUGUUACAUCAUGUGUUCUUGUUUUUCUCUCCUGAACAUUUAAGGAUUUAGUUCCUCCAUCUGCAUACAGAGCACAUACACUGUGUUGUUUUGUCUAUAUCUUUUGCUUCUUCACAUCCUGUCUUUGUUUAGUGAGUAUUCCAAAAGCUCACAGUUGAUGAAUCCUCAUAGUAUAAUACCCUUUAUGAUAGCGUGGAACCACAAAUGUGAAGAUCUCUAUCCCAGUGGAUUGCAUACAUCCUACCCAUCUUUUGACAAAGUUUUGGUAUGCUAGGUAAAAUAGUACUUCGAAGUAAAUGCUGUAGAAAUCAUAUGCCAUGACUACUUAGGCUAAAUUUCGCAGUGGUAGUGCUCUUGGAUUGAUAGGAAACAUUUGUUUACUUACUGCUGCCCCAUGAAACCUCUACAAACCUCUGUUGUUGUGUAGGACUUGAAAGGUAGGAAAUUGCUGCCUUGUCCAUCAGAAAAAAAACCCAACCAACAAAAAAAAUCCCCAAAAACAACAACAACAAAAACUCCACAACGAAACCAAACCAAAAAACCAUCACGACAGAAGUGUUGAACAGUGCACUUUGUCUCGAUCACAGAUGGCAUUGAGGCUAGGAAGAAGCAUCUCUGGACUAUGCUCUUCAUGGGUAAGCGGGGCAGCUCUUAUCCUGAGAGUGGCUUGUGCAUUGAAAUUUGGUGUAGUAGCAAGUCUGCCCUAGGUCUGAGUGGGACUGACUGCACUCUUGUACUGUCUGCCUAACCUUAUUCACGGUAAUUCAAGUAAUCAAGGAGCUCCAAAUAUUAUUAAAGUUUUGAAGAGGGGAAGAGGGUGUUAGUGUAAUGUGGCAUUAAAAUACUGCCCUUUCACACUUCGGCGCUUGAGGACUUUGGGAAGAAUUUGGAGCCUGUUUGCUCUCGGGCGUGCGUAAGCCCCGCCGCACUCUUACCUUCGGUUCUGCUGUGGGUCGGGCGGAAGAGGACAGAGAGAAGUAGCACCCGCAGCGAGCUAGUGAAGCUCGUCCAGGAAGGGCGGACAGUGCCGGCAGGACCCCGAUCCGUGCCCGCAUGCCCACCCCGCGCCGGGGAAGGGUGUUCCCGGGGCGGGCGAAGGGCGGGAAGGGGGGCGGGUUAUCGAGAGGGAAAAGCCACGGCUGUCGGUACAGAUCGAGCUCGCAUCCAGCGCCGACGACCGGGGCUCCUCGUCCGCCUGUGGCCAUGGGGCUGCAGCCGCGGCGAGCCGCGGGGCCCUGCCCGCCCGCGGGGAGAGGCGCUGCCCUGCCCGGAGCACGCCCCGCGGCUCCCUGGGCCCGCAGCGAUGAGCCGGAGGGGGUUCCCGGCCGCACCGCCACCCUGCCGCCCCUCCUGCCGGCCCCCACGGCUUCCUCCGCUGCCCCCCGGCCGCAGCCCAAGAAGCCACCGGCGGCCGCCUCGGCUCCCAAGAAGGCAGCACCGCGGCCCGCGGAGGAGAAGGCGCCGAGGAAGGCUCGGGGAGCACCCCCGGAGCGGCCGGGCCCCCUCUCCAGCUCCUGGCCCUGCUCGUCCCUGCAGCGGCCGCCGCCGCGGAGGCCGCCGACCGAGCGGGGAGCGCGGCCCCAGCCCGCCCCGCCGCAGCCGCGAGGGCGCCCGGGGGCAGGCAGCCGCUCCUGCGAGAGCCUCGGCGGGGGGCCGGGGGAGGCGGCGGGGCGCUUCUCUCUCAGCCUGCCCCCGGAGGCGAUCCGGGUGCUGCAGCGCCGCAGCCUGGAGCGGCAGCGGGGGCAGAUCACCCCCGCGCCCGGCGGCAGAGCGGCCCUGGCCCGGCGCGGCGGCGGCGACCUGCGCGCCCUGCUGAAGGUUUCGCUGCUCAACGACCAGCACCGCUACGACGACGAGGAGUACGAGGAGGAGGAGGAGGCGGGAGCCGCAGCGGACGAGGGGCUGGUGCGGAAAUGCACUGAGUGGCUGCGCGGCGUGGAGAACGCGGUCGGCCGCGACCACCCCGACCGGCUGGAGACGCUGCCGCACCUCGGCACUCUCUGAACCCCGCCGGGACCGGCUCCGGGGGAGCGGCGCGGAGGGGGCCGCCGGAUCGGGAGGUGGGGCCGCCGUCUGCAGCCGUCAUGCCCUUUGUGGGGCCGUCGGCGCCGGGGAUUCCGCGAUGGGGCCCGUCGAGGAGCCCCCGGCCUGGAGCCGAUCCCCGGGGCGGCGCCGCCGCUGAGGCGAGGGACAAAGGAGCGGCGACGGCCGGUGCCCGGGUGCUCGGAGGGAGGGCAGCUGGCUGUGGGCGUCCUGCCUCUACCCUUGGGUUUUUUUAAGACUUACGAAUACUUUAUAAGAUGUGCGUAAUGGUUUUGUAUAUUUGUACAUAAAAGUUCAUUUUUAUUUAUUUGAAUAAAUUACUCUUGUGUUGCGGUA